CAUUCUGCAACAAAAUCGAAUAGCAAUUUACAUACACCGGGACAUGGGCAUGUUUUUGGUCCACCCGGCUUGCUGUACAUACUCCUCCGGCGAGCACUGCUGAACGUGUUAGUUACAAACAGGACACUUUCUUUCACAACUAAAAUUUGCUACCUACAUUUGAUCAAUGGCAUCGUCUACAAUGAUCAAUGUCCCCACCACCGCGUCCCGGUUCGCCCUGCUGCAAAUCGACUCUGAUUCGGACUCUGAGGGUAAGAGCACUGGCAAAGCCGGUCGCGACUCGUCUGGGAAGAACAGACCGGGUAAGACCACGGCAGCUGGCAAAACGACUCAGAAAAACGACCAGAAGAAAGAUAAGAAGAAGAAAAUGAAGGACCAACAAAAGUGUGAAGUGAACGAGUUAAGAAGUCUGGCAUUCAAGAAGAUCCCUCAAAAACCUUCAUCCCAACCACCGACCCUUCAGAGUGUAGCCAAUGUUCUUCUGAAUCCAGGGUUAGGUGACCAGGGUACUCCACCACCAGAAGGGUGGCAGCAGUGGAGGCAGAGGGAUGAGCAGAUAACCAGUGAACUUUAUGAGGCAGACUUGGAAAAGGCCUUGAUUCUGAGCAAACAGGACUUCUUUGAGCAACAAAAACAUCAGAAAACGACAGACGCAUCGUCACCCAAGUCUCGAGGGAAGGAGGGAGGAGGGAAAAAGGAGAAGAAGAAGGGUCAACAAGGGAAAGACAAGAAGACGGUUUCUCUGCAGAACUUCCAAAGUGACGGCGCUGCAGAUAAUCUUGGUAAAAAGCAGGAGAAGGAGGGAAGCGGAGCAGCCAAUGUCGGGCCAGCGCAAGACGAGCGCUUCUUCAACAAGCUGGAGGACGACGUGAGCAAAAUCGUCCAGAGGGAGAAACGUCAAGAACAGUAUUCUACCAGCCCGGCCCAAGAGGCCAACAACUCCACGGAACACGAACCGGACCCCAGAGCGGAACAGCUGAUGGACGACCUGGAGAAGAAGGACCAGGAGAUCGAGAAACUCAAGACCACCAUCUCCCAAUGGGAGGUUAAAUACAAAGAGGUGAAGGCAAGAAACGCACAGUUGCUCAAGAUGCUUCAGCAGGGAGAGAUGAAAGAUAAAGCAGAAAUACUCCUCCAUGUGGAUGAGCUGCUGAAUAUCAAAGAGGAACUGUCUUCACAGGUAACACUAUUGCAUGCGGCCCUUGAACAAGAGAAGUCUAAAGUGAAAGGACUGCAAACGGAUCAACCCAAACAUCAGGGGAACAAGAGGGGGAAGAAGGGCUCUGAGUGUGAUCUAUGAAGAGUCCACCACUGAAUGUGUCCCCCGGGACAAAUACAUGAAGAAGACGCUGCUGACUUUUAUUUCUCCUAUUUGUUUCGAGAGAAAAAAAUGUUUUCCCCCCCUUCCCUCUGGGUUGUUAAUUUUAUUUCUGUCGUGUCAGCAAACUAUGCAUGCCACUCUUAGCACAUAAAUCUGACAUUUCAUGGCCCACCCAUUGGCAUCAACAGCGGUUUUUUUAUUUAAAUCAUUUUUUAAACAAUGCUCUGUUGAGUUUAUGUUAGGUGGUAUGUUAUCCCGCGCUGCCUUAUAUCCGUAACAUGAUGCUAAGGCAUCCCCAUGACAUCUCUGGUUGAAACCCUUGGCUUUAUGCCAAAUUGUUUAUUUUCCUUAUCCCACUAUGAAGUUAAUAAAACUACUUUACAGUGAA